AUGCCGCACAUAUCUACAUUCAACUUAGCGAGUUCCACAUCUGCGAAGGUGAAAUGUUGCUCAAGUGGUGUAACAUUUUCUUCCUCAGGGCCAGAAGUAACUCGUGCCUGCCUGCCAAAUAGGCGAACCAUUCUCAAGCCCGGAACGAAAUGCUACGCGGUGGGAUGGGGCGAAAUAAACUCUCAGAUUGACGCCGGAUCAAAUAACACUCAGGGAUCAUCAUUAUUUACAUCAAGACAAUCAGAAUUCGGACGUGAAUCGCGUCAAACAAAAGAGGAUAUUAUGGAAGUGGUUGAAAUGCAUGAAGUCAGCCUAACCGUAUUAAGUUCCAACAAAUGCCGAGCAUACAACAAUGAUCUGCAGGAGGAGACCACCAUUUGCGCAGGUUCCGUUGGCAAAGACACAUGCUACGGCGACAGCGGUGGCGGCCUAUACUGUCGACUGCCUAAUUCUAAAAUCUGGUACAUCGCUGGCGUGACAAGUUUCGGAGACCCCCGAUGGAUGCGGAAAACUUCCAGGAAUCUACACAUCCGUCAUUGCACAUACAGGCUGGGUUCAGCGAAUAAUCAGAAACUUGACAUAGAAAUUGUGGCGUUGUGCAACAAAUGUAUUGAUAAUGUACUUCAUUUCUUAACUAACACAUUCUCCAUUUCAAUGUAA